AUGGCUGACGAUAAGAAGACCGACGACUACACUGUCGAGAUGGACAAACUUGACAAGGGCAACAAGGAGUUCGAGGCGGCGCCGUCGCCUCUGCCCCGUGCUGCCCCUCCCAAUCCGGUCGCAGGCCACCCUGCCCUGCCUGUUCUGGCCUACUGUGGUGCCUCCAUUCUGAUGACCGUGAUGAACAAGUAUGUCUUGUCGGGUCUGGACUUCAACCUCAACUUCCUUCUGCUCAUGGUUCAGUCGCUUGUCUGCAUUACUGCCAUCCAAACAUGCAAGUCCAUGGGUCUCAUCACCUACCGUGACUUCAACACCGAUGAGGCGAAGAAGUGGUUCCCCAUCACCCUUCUUUUGAUCGGCAUGAUCUACACCGGCUCCAAGGCCCUCCAGUUCCUCUCCAUCCCCGUCUACACCAUCUUCAAGAACCUGACCAUCAUCCUGAUCGCUUACGGCGAGGUCCUCUGGUUCGGUGGUUCGGUUACUGCCUUGACUCUCUUCUCCUUCGGCCUGAUGGUGUUCAGUUCCCUCAUUGCCGCCUGGGCUGAUAUCAAGCACGCCGUUGAGAGCAACGGCGACACCUCCAGCGCGGUCUCCACCCUUAAUGCCGGUUAUCUGUGGAUGCUGAUCAACUGCCUGUGCACCUCGUCCUAUGUUCUGGGCAUGCGCAAGCGCAUUAAGCUUACCAACUUCAAGGACUUUGACACCAUGUUCUACAACAACUUUCUGUCUAUCCCCGUCCUGCUCGUCGCCACCCUCCUCCUCGAAGACUGGUCUUCUGCCAACCUGGCCCGCAAUUUCCCCGAGGCCAACCGUAACGGCAUUAUGGUCGCCAUGAUCCUGUCCGGUGCCUCUACUGUCUUCAUCUCCUACGCCUCCGCCUGGUGCGUGCGCGUUACCUCGUCCACCACCUACUCCAUGGUCGGCGCUCUGAACAAGCUCCCUAUUGCUCUGUCUGGUCUCAUCUUCUUCGACGCCCCUUGCACUUUCCCCAGUGUCUCCGCCAUCUGCGUCGGCUUUGUUUCCGGUAUCGUCUAUGCCGUGGCCAAGAUCAAGCAGAACGCCAAGCCCAAGAUCGGUAUCCUCCCCACCUCCAACCCUCUGGUCAGCGCCAGUAGCCAGAGCAUGCGCGACUCCCUGCGCUCCUAA